AUGGAUACUGACCACUCUAAUAAUACUACAGUGGACACUGACAACUCGGAUACUUAUAACUUUACAGUCGAUAAUAACAUCUCUGAUAAUAUUCCAGUGGAAACAGACACAUCUGAUAACACUACAUUUGAUGCUUACAACUCUGAUAACACUACAGUUCAUGCUAACAUCUCUGAUAACACUGCAUUUGAUGCUUACAACUCUGAUAACACUACAGUUCAUGCUAACAUCUCUGAUAACACUACAGUUGAUGUUAACAACUCUGAUAACACUACAGUUGAUGCUAACAUAUCUGAUAACACUACAGUUGAUGCUAACAUCUCUGAUAAUAAUACUACAGUUGAUGCUAACAUCUCUGAAAACACUACAUUUGAUGCUAACAUCUCUGAUAACACUACAGUUGAUGCUAACAAUUCUGAUAACACUACAUUUGAUGCUUACAUCUCUGAUAACACUACAGUUGAUGCUAAUAACUCUGAUAACACUACAGUUGAUGAUAACAUCUCUGAUAACACUACAGUUGAUGCAAACAUCUCUGAUAACACUAAAGUUUAUGCUUACAUCUCUGAAAACACUACAUUUGAUGUUAACAACUCUGAUAACACUACAGUUGAUGCAAACAUCUCUGAUAACACUACAGUUGAUGCUAACAACUCUGAUAACACUACAGUUGAUGCUAACAACUCUGAUAACACUACAUUUGAUGUUAACAACUCUGAUAACACUACAGUUGAUGCAAACAUCUCUGAUAACACUCCAGUUGAUGCUAACAUCUCUGAUAACACUACAGUUGAUGCUAUCAACUCUGAUAACAAUACAGUUGAUGCUAACAUCUCUGAUAACACUACAGUUGAUGCUAACAUCUCUGAUAAUACCACAGUUGAUGCUAACAUCUCUGAAAACACUACAUUUGAUGCUAACAUCUCUGACAACACUACAGUUCAUGCUAACAACUCUGAUAACACUACAGUUGAUGCUAACAUCUCUGAUAACACUACAGUUCAUGCUAACAACUCUGAUAACACUACAGUUCAUGCUAACAUCUCUGAUAACACUACAGUUAAUGCAAACAUCUCUGAUAACACUACAGUUGAUGCUAACAUCUCAGAAAACACUACAUUUGAUGUUAACAACUCUGAUAACACUACAGUUGAUGCAAACAUCUCUGAUAACACUACAGUUGAUGCUAACAUCUCUGAUAACACUACAGUUGAUGCUAACAACUCUGAUAACACUACAGUUGAUGCUAACAACUCUGAUAAAACUACAGUUAAUGCUAACAUCUCUAAUAACACUACAGUUGAUGCUAACAUCUCUGAUAACACUAAAGUUGAUACUGACAACUCUGCUAACAUUAAAGUGGAUACUGAAAACUUUGAUAACACUGCAGUUGAUACUGAAAACUCUGCUAACACAUCAAUGGUGGAUACUGACAAAUCUAAGAAAACUGCAGCUUAUGCUGAUAACUCUGGUAACACCACAGUGGAUACUGAUAACUCUGGUAACACCACAGUGGAUACUGAUAACUCUGAUAACACCACAGUGGAUACUGAUAACUCUGGUAACACCACAGUGGAUACUGAUAAAUGUCAUAACACCACAGUGGAUACUGACAAAUAUAGUGACAACUCUGAUAACAAUACAGUUGUUACUGAUUGCUCUGAUAUUAUUUCUGUGGAUACUGACAACUCUGAUAACAAUACUGUGGAUACUCAAAACUCUGAUAAUAAAACCGUGGAUACUGUCAACUCUGAUAACACUACAGUGGCUACUGACAACUCUGAUAUUAUUACGGUGGAUACUGAUAACAUUACCGUGGAUACUGACAACUUUGAUAAUAUUACCGGGGAUACUGACAACUCUGAUAACAAUACUGUGGAUACUGACAACAUUACCGUGGAUACUGACAGUUCUGGUAACAUUACAGGGGAUGCUGAAAACACUUCAGCAUAUACUGACAAUUAUGAUAUCAUGACAUUAGAUACUGACAACUCUGAUAACACUGCAGUGGACUGUAACAGUAGAUACUGA